UCACUACACCAUGCAUUAUUUGUCUUUAUUUUAACCAGAGAGUACAUACCAUUAUGGAAAUAUAUGGAAAAAUGCAUUAAUUCUCUAGUUCAGUGUCUGUGAUUGGCAUGAUCACCAACCGUGUAAAGACCGGCCCGAGCGAGGCUACGGAGGCGAGUAUCUGCUAACACUUGCCGGACAGGAAGCGUCCUCUGGGAGACUCUCCGAGGAAAGGAAACAGAGGCAGACUGGCCGUUAGAGCUCCUGUUGCAAAAACCACAUCUACAUCUGAGCCGACACAAAGCUAGAGGAAGCAGUAUAACGCAGGUUUCAUAACACCAUCACCAUUACAAGGGUGCACCUCCACACUCAUCAUCGAUCGUCUUCUACAGCUACCAGGGCACCAACUCCACAGGUGACGGCAGACACAACCCUCACCUGACAGUACAGAGCGGCACCAGCAGACCUCCUGCCUGACUGCCAACACCCCGGGCUGCCCCAGACGCCCCACCACGCCAGCAGGGGCUUCUCCGGCACAGGACAGUCUGAUCGGCUGACCGUCACUGAUGUCAGGCAGAGUCCAGGCUGCACGCCCUGCUUACCGCCAACCAAUCUUGUUGUGUCCAACUUCCCCGAGGGUCCCUGCAAGACUGGCCAUGGCGUGUGCCGGUGGGAGUGGUGCUGUGGUGGAGGCCGUGAGGCCGGGCAACAGCAUGAGUGGCCGGCAGCAGCAGCAGCAGCAGCAGCAGCCAGCCUCAGGUGUGGGGAGGCGCAGGCGUGGUGGCAAGAAUCACCUGGAGGCAGGCAGCUCUGUCCACAGAGGAGAGAGCAAGUUUGAGUGCCAGCAGUGUGACAAAACUUUUGUAUCCAGACAAGGCCUUGACUACCACACCCUGACACACAGUGGUGUUAGAAAUUAUGAGUGUGGUGAGUGUGGCAGGAAAUUUACCCAAAAGUCUCACCUCACCACACACACCUUGACACACAGUGGUGUUAGAAAUUAUGAGUGUGAUGAGUGUGGGAAAAAAUUUACCCACAAGUUUAACCUCACCAGACACACCUUGACACACAAUGGUGUUAGUAAUUAUGAGUGUGAUGAGUGUGGGAAGAAAUUUACCCAAAAGUCUUCCCUCACCGAACACACCCUGACACACAGUGGUGUCAGUAAUUAUGAGUGUGAUGAGUGUGGGAGAAAAUUUAUCAAAAAGUCUAAUCUCACCAGACACAUCCUGACACACAGUGGUGUUAAGAAUUAUGAGUGUCGUGAGUGUGGGAGGAAAUUUACCCAAAAGCCUUCCCUGACCGCACACACCCUGACACACAGGGAUGUUCGAAAUUAUGAGUGUAAUGAGUGUGGCAAAAGAUUUCCUACCAUUUCUCGUCUCAAUAAACACUCCUUCAGACACACUGGCUUGAGAGAGUUCAAGUGUGAUGUUUGUGGCAAAUGUUUCAAGACAAAGGGUGAUAUUGCCAGCCACAUGAGGGUCCACUUCUGAGGUGGUGUGUUGUGUGUGGGGCCACACCCAUGCCUGUGGUGGUGGCGGUGGUGGUGGUGUGAGGGAGUAACAGCCCCAGCAGUUGUUUUGUUGGCAGUGCAGGUGUGACCUUCAAUAAAUGUGUGUGUAUAACAUAACGCCAAGUUCUUUUCCGUUUUGAGCAGUGGUGUGUGAGUUCCCUGUGUUUGGUGUUUGGUGCACAGUCGUGGUGGCCACAAGCACCGCCCCCAACACUUGCUUCACUGUAUCUGAGCAGCCGCGUCCCUCACCACCCUGCCAGCCUGUCUUGCGUGCACUGGGUGUGCCUGAGCCGUCGUGCAGACGCUGGGGCACGGCCGUGGCAGUCUUCGGCAAGCACGGGCGUCUGGCGUGGUGGUGUAAGAAUGCGCGUCGUGUCUUCUGUAUCAGUUAGGAAGAGCAGGGGACCCAGCACAGAGCCCUGGGGCCCCCUGCCGUGCACCUUCACUCUGCUGGACGCUGCUGCAUGUACUAUUGUGCCUCUACAUGCUGCACCUGCUGGAGGUGUUUCAGCGGUACAAGGACUGUGGCGAGGGUGACACAGGCAGAAUUCUCAGGAUACAAAAAGACAUGUUAUCAAUGUCUGUCGUAUUUCUCUAUUCAUUCCUUUGUUCUCUU